AUGGAGCUGGAUAAGCCGGCAACCUCUCUGCUAGCACGCGAGGUGGACCGCCGGGCGCACAAAAGACGAGAUAUUCUUGUGUUCGGGUUGCUACUGCGACUUGGUAUUGUCUCUCCCGUCACUGGGGUCGGCCGCUGUCACUCUGGGCCUCUGCGGAGCUCUGAGACGGACCCCUUCCCCGUCAUCCUCUGUGGCAUUUGUUUGUCAGUCUCCGAAGCCUCACUGUCAAACCGUCGCGCCUUCCAUUCCCAGAGCGGACCGUCCCGAAACGGCUUUAGAUACGCAAUUAUCCACGCUCUCAGAGGCGCGCUGGCGUGGUCUAUUCCCGGCUCGGGCGAUCGGUGGGGCCACGGCGCUAUCGCAGUCAUCUUAAUCUGA